AUGGAUGCUAGCGGAGUUGCACAUGUAGGUUCUGCAGUGAGGCAUUUGAAAGAAACAAUGUUUUAAGAGAGAGAUUUGUAAGAGGAGACUUAUUCUGUGGUCUCGGCCAUGUGCUUAGUCUGUGCUGUUUAAGCUUCCGUAAAAUGGCUUUCCCUCUACACUGUUGUAGGAACAGCGUUUUGAAUGUCAAACUAUGCUUACUGUAUUUAUGUGAGCCCUCUGUUUCAACUGAAUUACUUGCAUGAACUGAUGGCUGAUCAAGUGCUUGUGAUUGGUGGUGGUGGCAGAGAACAUGCCCUGGCCUGGAAAUUAGCGCAGUCACCACAUAUAAAACGAGUGCUAGUCGCUCCAGGAAAUGCAGGAACAGCCAGUAAUGGAAAAAUUUCAAAUUCAGCCAUCUCAAUCAGUAAUCAUGCCGCUCUUGCCCAGUUCUGCAAAGACAAUGAGAUCAAACUUGUGGUGGUUGGCCCAGAAGUUCCUCUUGCUGCUGGCAUUGUUGAUGACUUGACAGGAGCUGGGGUAAGAUGUUUUGGUCCUACAGCAAGGGCAGCUCAGCUAGAGUCCAGUAAGAGUUUUUGUAAAGCCUUUCUGGACCGACAUGGGAUCCCCACUGCAAGAUGGAAAGCAUUCACCAAUCCUAAAGAAGCUUGUAGCUUUAUUACCAGCGCGGACUUUCCUGCCCUGGUUGUAAAAGCUAGUGGUCUGGCUGCUGGCAAAGGAGUAAUUGUGGCUACUAACAAAGAGGGAGCCUGCAAAGCUGUGCAUGAAAUCAUGCAGGAUAAGACUUUUGGAGCAGCUGGGGAAACUGUUGUUGUUGAAGAACUUCUUGUAGGAGAAGAGGUUUCUUGCUUGUGCUUCACUGAUGGUGUCACUGUUGCCCCCAUGCCACCAGCGCAGGAUCACAAACGGUUAAUGGAUGGAGACCAGGGCCCAAACACUGGAGGGAUGGGAGCUUACUGCCCAGCACCACAGAUUUCCAAAGAUUUGCUGCUGAAAAUCAGAGAUACUAUUCUUCAGAAAACAGUUGAUGGGAUGAAAGAAGAGGGUAUCCCUUAUAUUGGUGUGCUAUAUGCUGGAUUAAUGCUUACCAGUGAUGGGCCUAAGAUUCUCGAGUUUAAUUGCAGGUUUGGUGACCCAGAAUGUCAGGUAAUUCUUCCAUUAUUGAAGAGUGAUUUGUAUGAAGUUAUACAAGCAACGAUCAAUAGAAAGCUGUCUAGUUCUAUGCCUGUUUGGUCUGAAGACAGUACAGCCAUGACUGUGGUCAUGGCUAGUGAAGGUUAUCCAGGAAACUAUGCCAAGGGCUUGGAAAUAACAGGAUUUUCUAAGGCUAAAGAACUAGGGCUGGAGGUGUUCCAUGCAGGCACGGCAGUAAAGGAUGGCAAAGUAGUGACUAAUGGUGGAAGAGUCCUUUCGGUAACUGCUGUCAAGAAGGAUCUGAUAGCAGCAUUGGAAGAAGCCAACAAAGGAGUAGCAGCCAUGCACUUCAAGGGUGCCAUUUACAGACAGGACAUUGGUUAUCGGGCUAUAGCUUUCCUCAGCAAUUCCAGAGGCCUGACUUACAAAAACAGUGGGGUGGACAUCGCAGCUGGCAAUACCUUGGUUCAGAAAAUUAAACCCUUAGCAGCAGCCACCUCAAGGCCAGGCUGCAAUGCAGAGCUUGGAGGAUUUGCUGGUCUCUUUGACUUGAAAGCAGCUGGUUACAAAGAUCCUAUCUUGGUGUCUGGAACUGAUGGUGUUGGAACAAAACUCAAGAUUGCACAGAUGUGUAAGAAACAUGACACCAUUGGCCAAGACUUGGUUGCCAUGUGUGUCAAUGACAUCCUGGCUCAGGGAGCAGAGCCCCUUUUCUUCCUCGACUAUUUUGCCUGUGGGAAACUUGACACUGAAGUGGCUCAAGCAGUCAUAGCGGGCAUAGCUGAAGCUUGUAAAAAGGCAGGAUGUGCUCUCUUGGGAGGAGAGACUGCUGAAAUGCCUGGCAUGUAUCUGCCUGGGGAGUACGACCUCGCUGGCUUUGCAGUUGGUGCCAUGGAACGAGGACAGAUGCUCCCCCAACUGGAGAGAGUUGCUGAUGGGGAUGUUGUCAUUGGAAUAGCUUCCUCGGGGGUUCACAGCAAUGGGUUUAGCCUUGUAAGGAAGAUUGUAGAAAAGUCGUCUUUAGAUUUCACUUCUCCAUCAGUUGUUGGUGGCUCUGGGGACCAGACGUUAGGGGAACUAUUGUUAACCCCGACUAAAAUCUACAGUAAAACUCUGCUGCCUGUCCUUCGUUCAGGGCGUGUUAAGGCCUACGCCCACAUCACUGGAGGAGGUCUGUUGGAAAAUAUCCCCCGAGUUCUCCCAGAAUCAUUUGGUGUAGUUUUAGAUGCUCACAGUUGGCGGAUACCUGAAAUCUUCUGUUGGCUUCAAAAAGAGGGAAACCUCUCAGAAGAGGAGAUGGCCCGAACAUUUAAUUGCGGGAUCGGCGCCGUCUUGGUGGUAGAGAAGGCACUGGCUCAGCAGAUUCUGAAAGACGUACAGAGACAUGAGGAAGCCUGGCUGAUUGGGAAAGUUGUCCCCCGACAGACAGAAUCUGCCCAUGUUGAAGUCUAUAAUCUGCUUCAAGCCUUACAAGCAAAUAGGUUACAGUUUUUGCACAACCAUAUUCAAGGCAAAACCCAAACAAGCAAAGUGAAGGUGGCUGUUCUUAUCUCUGGAACAGGCACAAACCUUGAAGCCCUAAUAACCAGCACAAAAAAGCCAACCAGCUGUGCACAGAUAGUCCUCGUCAUUUCUAACAAGUCAGGUGUGGAAGGGUUAAGAAGAGCUGAAAGAGCUGAUAUUCCUACAAAAGUAAUUGACCAUAAAUUGUAUGGAAGUCGCACAGAAUUUGAUAAUGCGGUUGAUAAAGUCCUUGAAGAAUUCUCAGUUGAACUGAUCUGUCUUGCAGGAUUUAUGCGGAUUUUGUCUGGUCCCUUUGUCAAAAAGUGGGAUGGAAAAAUACUGAAUAUUCAUCCAUCUUUACUACCAUCUUUUAAAGGAGCAAAUGCCCAUAAAUUGGUAUUACAAUCUGGAGUCCGAAUCAGUGGCUGUACUGUGCACUUUGUAGCUGAGGAAGUUGAUGCUGGAGCUAUAAUUUUUCAAGAGGCAGUUCCUGUGAAGAUUGGAGACACAGAGGAGACCUUGUCGGAAAGAGUAAAAGAAGCGGAGCACAGAGCCUUCCCUGCUGCCUUGGAACUGGUGGCCAGCAAGGCCGUGUGCCUUGGAGAAAAUGGCAAGAUCUUUUGGAAUUUAGAACAGCGGAAUUGAGAGAACUGUUGGCUGUAGUGAUGGAACAACAACAACAAUCCAGAGGGCAGAACUUCGCAAUCACACAGUUACUUUUAUUCUGUUCAUAGUGUGUUUUAGUGUAACAUUUCCCAUGGCAUUCCAGCAGGAUCUCCAAAUUCCCUCAAGUGCCAAUGCUCCAAAGUAAAGGCAGAGAGAGCCAAAAAUGGGAAGGGACAGGGAUUUUAAAUUUUUUUUUAGAAUACCAUGGUGGUAACUGAUCAGCAUUGCUCUGGCCACACCAGAAGGAAGGAAGUGGCCCUCAUAACAAAAUCUUUCUUUAAAGAAAAUGUUGAAGUGGAUUUUGCUCCUGCAAAUUGUGUUUUUCGUGGAGUAUUGUACCUGGUCUGGACUCACAGUAUCAAGUAACUCCAGAGGUGGAACCUGUGAUCCAGCAGAUGCUGUACAGAAUAAAACUUCUGUUGAAUACUUACCUGUGGGUAAGUGGGUCUCGCUUUAGGGACGUCAUUUCAUACCUGUAGUCUACUAGAGGUUAAGCAAGUUUAGACUCAGAGGAUUCCGCCCCGCCCCGCCCCAGUGUAGAAUUGUGAAGGAGAUGCUUUCCAAUGCUCAUAAUCCUGUGUGAAAUUCUUUACCAAUGCUGUCAUAGCUAGAUUCAGGAAUUCUAGAAGCAUCUGUUUAAGCUAGAAUAAUAUUGAUUUUUUUUUUUUAAUUCUCUCUACCUACCCCUCUUCCCCUCCAAAAUCGUUUGUCAUUCUCAGAAGCAUAUUUGAAUGUUUUUAUUAUGGCUGAACUCUUAUCUCUGUACAAGCCCCUCAUUUUCUUUUAAUGGUUUUAGCAGCUGCAAACAUCAGUCACUAUACAGUUUGCUCAGAUCUGUUUUCUCCCACAAGCUAGAGGCACCUUCCUUCACUUGCUUCUACAUAGUUUUAAAACAAAACAAAAACCAGAAACCUCCUGUCACUAAUACACUAAGUGACACUAAAUGUUUGUUGCCAGCCUGUGUAUUGACAUUCUUUCUGCAUUAGAACAAUUUCAACUGCUCAGUUAUUUCAAAUCCAAUUCUAAUAAAGUUGAGAAAAAGCAA